UCUGAACAUAAUGAUGGCAUUCUAAAAAUUUUGCAUGAGGUGGGGAAGGAAUUAUAACACUGGAUCUUCCUGAAUGAGGGACCCCUCGCUUCUGAAGAGUCCAGCUUUCAAGUUCCGGUCGUCUCCCGGUCCUUGGGUUGCGGGGGAAGGAGGAUCUUUGGUUCUGAGGUCGUUUCGGGCCACGAUUUCUUCUUCUGCGCAUGCCCUGGCUAGGUGACUUUGCAGCUUUUCUAAAAGACAAUCCUUAAUCACUGUGUUGAUAAGAGAUGGGAUCUGUUCGAACUGGCUCUAAAUGGGCCGGUGGGUACAGCCUUGGCCUAGACUGUCGACCAAUUAUGAGGUAAAUUCUGACAGACUUUAACAAAAAGAAGUUUAUUUGGGGUUUGUUGGGACUGCAGCUCAGGAAAAGCACAAAUUCAAGUAGCCCUUGAAUUUCUCUUUCCUCUGCUGAAAAGGAGAAGGAAGCUUUCAUAGUCGUGGCUAACAAAUAGGCAAAGGAAAAAGGAGCGAAGGAAAGUCCGUUAACAAGCUCCAGGUACAAGGUACUAUCAGAGUGAGGGUCGGCGGAAACAAGCCACUAACCCUAGGACUGUGGGAGAUGCCUCCGACAGGAACGAGGGCUCUGUCCCCAUCAGCACGUCGGCCCUGAGAACACUCGCACAUCGUUUCACACAUCGAGCGAGUUCAGUUCGUCCUGAAGGAGGAAUCUGUUCCUCUCCUCUUCACGUCCGCACGGGUCCAUUUUAGCGCCUCAACGCGAGAGACCAUCUGUUUUCAACUGCGCAAGACUGAAAUCCUGACACUGGGCAAGCCACCUCGUUUCUCGGUGCGCUAAAAGAUUCGGACAUACCACGGUAAUUCCGUGAUUUAUGCUUUAGAAGGUCAAGAGCUUAGAGCACUGCGCAGUCAGCGCUGUGCUGAUAGUAAGCUACUUUAUUUACUACAGCAGAGAAGCCGACUUUAAAAUUCAAGAAGCCUUACAACCUCUACACUAAGCCCGCAGGGAGCCGGCCGCUGGAGCAGAGGGACUGCGCGAGCCGGUACGGGGUGCGCGCGCCUGCAGAUGUGUGCGCGUGCGCGCACGGCCGCGGCGGGCGGGCGUCCGAAACUUUGGUCCCACCAGCUGCGUGGCCGUAAAGGAACUGUGGCGUGUCGUAAAAAAGCCGCAAGUAAGCCGAGCUUUGGUAGAGGGCUGCGAAUCCAUUUUGGACGCCGUCUCUGCUGCGAAAAGUUGGGGGAACCUGUUGCUCGUCACGGUGGCGCUUCCGCUGCGCUCGGCGCUCGCUGGCGGCCGGCCGGCCUCUCGGGCGCGCUGACCGGGCCGCGGGGCGGUGGCGGCGGCGGCGCGAUGCGGCCCGUGGACGCGGACGACGGCCGGGAGCCCGAGCGGGAGUGGGAGACGCUCCCGAACCCCCCGCUCGACGCCGCCCGCCGGGACGCCGCCGCCCUCGAGCGCGAGCACGUGCGCGCGCACCUGCGGGCCCGCCGGAAGCUGCUGGAGAUCGAGAGCCUGCUGGACGCCCUCAAGAGCGAGGUGGAGGCGUCGCAGGAGAGCGCCGUGGGCGCCGGGGCGGAGGAGAGGGUGAUGAGGCUGUGCGAGAAGGUGGAGAGGAAGGCGGCGGAGGCGGCGCUGAUGGGGCAGAGGCUCGUGGAGCUCCACCGGCAGAUCGACGGCUGCGGGUUACCCACUCAUGGACUCCAUUCAGCUGGUAAGGAGGACUGACUGCUUGGAGAGGCUGAAACCGAGAGAGCUUGUCGUUUUCUCUCCCGUGUUUUUCUGUCUACGUUUUCGCCAUGUGAAACACUGAAUCUCCAGUACUAUUCUGGUAGAUGAUUUUACUAUUGUUCUCAAUCUGGAUUUCGGUUACUAGGUGCGUUCAGUUUGGGAAAGACAGCUUUUAAUUAGAUAUUCUCACAUAAAGGAAUAGGGCCUAGAUUGUAAACCGUUGUGUAGCCGUAUUUGUUACUGUCACUUAAUUGUAUUUUUAAAAUUUGGAAGUAUAUUGUUGUGCUUUGCUCUUUUUUUAUUCUUACUGGAAUUUGGGGACCCAUGAGAGACUUGAGGUCAGAGUUCUGCAGGAGAGAAGACACUACUUGGCUGCAGCUGCUGUCGCAAGAACCCAGACCCCAUCCAGGGGGCAGAUGCCACUACUUUGGAUGAGGUUGAGAAGGCCCAAGGGACCGCUGGGCAUGGAGGGUGGAGGGUGUAUGCAUUCUGGGGUUUUGCAGUCUGUCAGAUCUGAGGAGGAGAGCUGUGUUCUUCUGGCUUUCUUUGUUUCUUUUUUUCAGAAAUGUAGUUUUUCUGUGGCAUGUUAACUGGUGCACAUCAUGUAACCUGUCUGGUGAGUAACUAGGACAAGGGAUGAGUUCUAGGUGCUACAUGUAUUUGCUGACUUGGGGUAAACUGUUUAAAUGUAAUACAGUAAAGCACUUCAGGAGCUUCUCUGGCAAAAUGUGCACGACCCCUGCAAGGGUCUGGGGGGUUGGGGAGGACAGCGUGGAGCUGGCCACUGUGGGCCCCAAAGUGAUAGCACGAGGCACCUUCAGAUGAUGCUCGCCUUUGUCACCAGAGCAGACCUCAUAGGGACUGGGAUCAGAAUCUAACUUGUUAUGAUGAAAUUCAUUUGCCUGGAAAAACCAAUGCUGAAAGCCAGUUUUUAAAAUGUGCAAAUGACGGAAGCCAUUGACUUGGCCAGGAAAAGGUGAGAUAAAUAAACUUUUUUCAGAAUAAAAA